CAGACCCCCUCCAGGAGCAGGCAAACCCGCCGUUUCCCUAGGAGCGCUCUCCCGCGCCGCCCCGUGACCUUAGUAUUGAGGGGGCAGCAGCACCAGGAGUGCGGGGCUUACAGUGUCUCUUCCUGGCGCUGGGUGAGGCGCCGUCGCCCCUGAGCUGCUCCCAGAGGCAAAGCCCCAGGAGAGUAGCGGGGGCCGACCGGACCGUGCUGCUGCGUGGCUGUGGUGGGGCCACGGGACAGAGGCCCCCGAAAAUCUGGAGGAGUGAAGGUCUGAGAAGGGCAGCGUUUGUGCCUGUAAGUGGAUGGCUAGCAGUUUACUGAAGAAGGGGAGUUGACGAGCUCCUUAAUAUUGAAGGACAAUCUUCACCUCCUACCAGCUGGAGGAGCUGGAGAAGGCGUUCAACGAGGCCCACUACCCGGACGUCUACGCGCGGGAGAUGCUGGCCAUGAAGACAGAGCUGCCAGAGGACAGGAUACAGGUCUGGUUCCAGAACCGCAGGGCCAAGUGGAGGAAGCGCGAGAAGUGCUGGGGCCGCAGCAGCGUCAUGGCGGAGUACGGGCUCUACGGGGCCAUGGUGCGGCACUCCAUCCCGCUGCCCGAGUCCAUCCUCAGGUCCGCCAAGGACGGCAUCAUGGACUCCUGCGCGCCCUGGCUGCUGGUUCAAGAUGGCUUUCCCAGGCGCUUUUCUAAACCCGAAUACCAACAAUUCUUUCUAGGGAUGCACAAAAAGUCGCUGGAGGCAGCAGCCGAGUCGGGGAGGAAGCCCGAGGCGGAGCGCCAGGCCCUGCCCAAGCUCGACAAGAUGGAGCAGGAGGAGCGGGGCCCCGACCCGCAGGCCGCCAUCUCCCAGGAGGAGCUGAGGGAGAACAGCAUCGCGGUGCUCCGAGCCAAGGCCCAGGCGCACAGCACCAGAGUGCUGGGGACAGUGUCUGCGCCGGACAGCCUGGCCCGGAGUCCCGAGAGGCCGGAGGAGGCGGAGGCCGGGGACGCGGACAGGCCGGCCGGGAAGCGGAGCCCCCCGCAGCCUGAAGACACGGCUUAGGCCGGGCCAGUCGGACACCAGAGCCCGAGACUCUGCUCCUCCCGGGGAGGGAGGUUCCUCCGAGGCACGGCCGGGCCUGGCCUUGGCCAACCUCCCUCUGCCCCACAGGCCCUCCGCGGCUGCGUUGAUGCCGGACACAGUUCUGGCCGUGCUCCUGGACCACGCCGAGACGUGCUGGCCCCAGCCCUCGCUCUGGGCACCGGCCCCUCCUCCCAGCACCCCUGCCUCGGAAGCCUUCUUGCUGCCCCAGCCAUCCCUGCGAGCCCCUGUCGGUCCUCGGCAGCUCUUGCCCUGCAAGCCCUCCCCUCCUGUCUGUUCCCUGGCUCUAGAGAGGCCUCCUUCCCGGCUCUGAACGCCCUGUGGAUUCUGCUCGGCUCUUGCUGCAGACACUUCACCGGCCCUGGCCGUGACCAGCCCGGGUCCUGCGUUCCAGCCCCGGGUCCUGAGCUGCCCAGGCCUCAGCAAGUCUUCUGCCCCCGGCCUGUUCCAACAUGGACCCGCGCUGGGCUCUGCUGUGUGAAUAUGCCGUGCUCAGGCCCACCUGCAGCCUCCGCCUGGCCUGCCCGCCUCACCCUCGGCAUGUGACAGCGUGUGCCCCUCAGGCUCGUGCCCUGCUGCGGUCACUCCAGGAACCUGCCCUCUCCGUGGCUUCUCCCCAGCACAGGCACCAGUGCCACACGCAGCGUGCACGGCCCCCGCAGCAGGCCCAGGACCCGUGUCCAGGGAGGGCGCGGCUCUCGCCCAGGCUGUGGCUCCUGCACUGUCGGGAGCCCAAACCCUCUGCCCGGAGCCGUGGGGCCCCCGGGCCUGUGUUCUGAACUUUCCCGCUCUCCCCGGAGCCGCCUGUGACCUGACCCCGAGCUUCUCGCAAACUCCUGGUGUGCAUGUGCCCUGCGUGGAGAUCCUAGUGCAGCCAGGAGGCCACAGAGCUGGUCUAACCCAGACCACCUAGGGAGCCAAGCUGGGCGUAGGCUGGGCCGUAAAUAUUCAUCGAGGUGGGGCGCCGGAGGGUGUGGGAAGGCCCUCAAAGGAAGGCGGGGCACAGGCCAGUGUUAAACCCCGACCGACUGCAGGCACUCCGCCUUCAGCCAGGCGUGUGUCGGACGUUCAGUGUCUGUUGGAACAAGACAGACCCAGAGCCGAUGGGCAUAAGGCGCUGGGCCCUUCUGUUGCUUACGGGAGGGUUUGUCGGUGCCGAGGGCCUCUCGGCAGCUGCCCCUCCACCUGGCCUCUGUCUACCUUUCGCGUUAGGCGCGAUGGCAGGGCGUCACGGAGCCGCUGGGCUCACGUUCCAGCCAGGCACAAGGCCCGCUUCACCUCCUGAAGUUUCCUUCUACCAGCCCGCCCCCUCUGCGGGACCCUUCGCAGGAGAAGGGCCGACACAGCGAGUGGUGAUUCUAAUGCUGCAUCAAAAGUUGGUUUCUUCACUGCGUUCGUGGAACCCGCCCCUCUCCGGUCCUUGUGCUCGUCUUCCGUUGGUUUGCAGCGUUAGACUGUGGCCCCCUGUGUGAAUAGCGUGCAGAGCGAGAGAGCCGUGACAGGCAGGCGUUAGAAACACGAACUGUGAGAACUCCCAGGCACUCGCGAACCUGUGACCUCUGUGCCGUUUUCUGUAAAGACACAGUAAGAAUAAACUCGAUAGAAACAGCCA